CACAGUGAACGGACGUGUAUAGAGCGAGCUCUGUUGUGCCAUUCAUGUGAUCCGGGUUACUCUAGCCACAAUACAGUGAAUAGUGUAGAGUGGUGACAACAAGUGGUGCUGUAGGCGCUAACUAUCCCAGAAGCCGUGUGCUACUCUCAGAUACUCGUGUUGGCGUAGAGCCACGUGUAAAUGCAGUGCUAAACUUCCCUGUCUGCGACGAAGGACACCACCAUUGCCGGCGUGAAGGCGUACAGUGCCCUGGCAUCGGGCGCUGAGCAACCUACGGCGGUGGAGGGAACUCGGAGUGUGUGGGAGCGCCGGUGGGGGAGCAGACACGAGCCCAUAUCCUGCAAGGAGCCCCGGGAAGCCGCAACACUGGAGUACUACAGCAGCGCGGCCCUCAAGCCCUCCACCAUGCUGACCCUCGACCCUCCCGACCUCAAGGGCGGGAGCUUACACUCCGCACACCUCCCUCCCCACUCCUCCCAUUCCCAUUCCGUUCCCCACACUGUGUCCCACGCCCACCACAACUCCCACUCCCACACAUACUCCCUGUCCCACCAUUCCUCGUUGACGUCGCUCAAUUCGUCCCUCAGUUCGUCCCUGACGAGCCCCUCCCUGGCCUCCGUGGGCAGCAUGAGCGCCCACUCGCCGCCCCAGACACACGUCCCAACCCCCACCAACAACAACAACAGCAGCACAAACAACAACAACAACGGCUCCUCCACCAACAGCUCUAGCAACAGCACCAGCAACAGCAAGAGCAACGCGUCCUCCUCGAGCGCCGCCGCCGAGCGCGUCAAGCGGCCCAUGAACGCCUUCAUGGUGUGGUCGAGAGGCCAGAGACGCAAGAUGGCCCAGGAGAACCCCAAGAUGCACAACUCGGAGAUCUCGAAGCGCCUCGGGGCCGAGUGGAAGCUGCUGUCGGAGACGGAGAAGCGGCCGUUCAUCGACGAGGCCAAGAGACUGCGCGCCGUCCACAUGAAGGAACACCCCGACUACAAGUACAGACCUCGGCGGAAGACAAAGACCUUAAUGAAGAAGGACAAGUACCCCCUUGCUUCCGGCCUCCUCCCAACGGACCCCACCCGGCCCCCCGUGCAACAAGUGACCCGUGAUAUGUACAACAUGACCAACGGAUACAUGCCGAACGGAGACUACGGGGACUAUGGUGAGUGGCGCUACGGCUACGACAGCGCUGCGUACGGAGGCCAGGGCUACCCGUACAUGACAGGCCAGGUCUACGGCGGCUAUGACAUGACCCGCGGCUACUCUCCGACCUCGACUAGUACCCCCUCCUACAUGAACGGGUCGUACAGUUCAGCUAUGUACGCCUCUGCACCAUCGCCCUACUCCAUGAGCCAAAUGGCUUCGAUGGCCUCCGUGGGUUCGGUCGGUUCCGUGGGCUCCUCGGCGUCCCACUCCCCCACGCCCAUAAAGUCUGAGACGCCCACCCUCCCAGUGUCGUCCCCCGGAGCCUCGAUGCCUCCCUCAGCCAGCCACACCACUCCAGGUGAUUAUCCAACGGGUGUGAUGAAGCGGGAGUACGCGCCGGGCCAGCCGGGGCAGCAGGACCUGUCGCAGAUGAUCUCCAUGUACCUGCCGGGGUCCCAGGAGCGCCAUGAGCAGCAGAAGGCCGCCGCCGCCGCCGCCUACAUGUCCCACGCACACUACCACGCCCACGCCGCGACUUCCCCCGAGCAGAUGCCGCCCGCACCCAUGCCUCUCACCCACAUGUAACACGCGCGCCCCAGGACUUAAAUGUUUGUGAGGCCGCGCGCCCAUGCGAGCGGCAAAGGGCGAGGGCGAAGAGCGAGCGAGGGAGCCGCCGCCGCCGCCACGGAGCGCCGCCCGCGGAAGCCACCCACCUCCACCCACCACUGCCCAGGAUUUCCCUCGACGCGGGCGUGACGACUGCCGGGUGGGUGCACGGGCGCGUCCCCCAGUCCCGUCGGGCGCCGGGUACAGCGGCCGCCCGCCACGUCCCAGGCCCGCCGACGCCCUCAGGUCGCGGCGGCGCCCCCCGGGCCGGACGCCCGUCGGCCCGCCCGCGAGCGGCGAAGGGCGCGGGCGGCCAGCGUGUCACUUCGUACCAGUGAGGCUCGGCCCCUCCUCGGUAGCAGGAACUCUUUUGAAAUGUGAUAAUCGCAUAAAUGUAAUGUUAUGAUGAAUAAAAUAUUAAUAAUAUUAAUGGUGAGAAUAAUUAAAAAAGUGUGUAUGUAAUACUACGUUCUUAAUGCCAUAAUUUAUACGGACGUGUGUGUGUGUGUGUGUAUAUGCGUGUAAUGUCUGAGAGGUUCAGGCACAGUGUUAGCUAGAGGCGGCCAUGUGUACACGUGUGUGUGUAUGUGUGCACGCCCGGGGCGGCCGCUCUUGUACAUAUGGAAGUUUUGCGCCCCUGUACAUACCUCCCUCCCCCUCUCAUCCCCCUCCCCCUCCCUCACCGGACCGCCGCCGGCCCGUGUUCGCCGCCCGCACCCCGCCGCCCGCACCCUCGCCGCCCACUCCCCCCGGCCGCCCAUUCAUCGGCCGGCCGCCCACCUCUCGCCCGUCAAACCGCUUGCUGCCGCCUCUUCGCGCGGAGCAAACCCGGGCUGUCCGUGGGCCCCGCGGGCGUGGGUGAAUGGGCGGGCAGGAAGCGUGGGCGUGGAAAGGUGAACAUCCCACCUCUGGCGCCUCUCGCUGGCGGCGCAGCUGCGCAGCCGACGCCAGCCGGCUCGACGAGGCGCCGCCGAGACAGAAGCCGGACGCAGAGGGCGCCUCGAGAGCUGCCCGGAGGAGGCCAGGAACCCGUGCCCUUUUGCCCAUCUGCCGCGGCGUGGAUGGAUGCCACAAGAAGCGUGGCCUGUUCCUCGAAGGCGGUUGUGACCCCGGCCGCCGCCCACGCCCCCGCGGGCGGCAUCGACGGCAGCAUCGGCGGCGGCGGCGGCGGCGGGGAGGGGGAGGGGGGGCGGGGACGUCGGACGGAGCCGCGGCGUCGGCGCCGAGAUGCCCGUCUACAUCUCUUUUGGCUUUUCUUUUUUUCUUUUUUUUAUUUGUCUGAUUCUGUAUAUCAUUUGUACAUAACGCACCGAUAUUUGUCUUGUUAUACAACACAGUGGAUGAACCGACGUUUCUUUA